CCACGGUAGAAUGUAGAGAGGAAAAUCAGAGGAGAGGAGAAAGGUAAUCGGAGUAAGGGUAGAGAAUGGAAGGAGAAGAGGGAGAGGGACUAAGGCUGAGCAAGAGGUUCUCUGACAAGGGCCCUGAUGGAGAAGUGGAUUACAAGACGAAGGCCGGCACCGCGUGGAGCCAUUCGUAUCUCAACCAAAAGCCAUGGCAUCCCCUCUCCUAUCCCAACCAACGCCGCAAGUGGAUCGCCGAGCAGACCCACGCCCAACGCGAGCGUCGAGCCGAGGAAGUUGCUCGCGAGUACUCUCAGGAGCAGGAGUUCUUUCGGCAGACCGCUCUCAUCUCCAAGAAGGAGAAGGAAAAGGUGGAGAUGAUGAAAGCUGUUAGCUUCAUGUAUGUUCGUCCACCUGGUUACAAUGCCGAAAGUGCCAAAGCUGCAGAGAUUGCUGACGAGAGUAAAAAACAGGAACUGAAUGACCCACUCGCUGACGGGGAGUCCACUGCUAUGCCACCAGAAUCUGUUCCCGUUAGAGGUGAAGAAAAGAAGAAACCAAGACCAAAAGAUGUUUUUGGGCGUCCAUUACCCACCGAAGAAGAAUUUGAAGUCUUAAAAAAUGCUCCACGGCUGGAGACCGGUGUUCAGGGAAGGGCGAAACCAUUUGGAGUGGAAGUUCGCAAUGUGAAAUGUCUAAGAUGUGGAAAUUAUGGUCACCAAAGUGGUGAUCGUGAAUGCCCAUUGAAGGAUGCCAUAAUGCCUAAUGAAGAAAGUCGAUUGAAAAGAGAUGAUCCCUUAAAUGCAAUCCUUGCCCACACAGAUCCUAGUGAGCCUCUAAAGUGGGAGCUCAAGCAGAAACCAGGAGUUAGUCCUCCGCGUGGAGGGUUUAAACCAGAUGACCCUAACCAGCAAAUAGUUGCUGAGGACAUAUUUGAUGAGUAUGGAGGGUUCUUGAGUGGGGAUAAUAUACCUGCGCUGCUGACCAACUUCUCUACCAAACCCAAGAAGAAGUCCAGAAAGAAAAGGAAGCAAAAAAGGCAGCAGUCAUCACCUAAUAGAGAAUUGAAGGAUCCAAAUGAAGACGAGAUAUCUUCUGCGGAUGGGUUACAGAGGUCAAAGAAGAAAAAGCGUAAGAUGAAGGAAAGGCAGCAUAAUGAUUCUGAAUCAAGUUCAGACAGUUUAGAGUUUGAUAGACGUAAAAAGAGCAGACACAAGCAUUCUUAUUCAUCUGAGGAUUCUGAUGCUGACAAAAAUCUUAGAAGUAAAAAGGGCAGAGACAAGUAUUCUUACUCAUCUGGAGAUUCUGACCUUGAUAGGCAUCAUAGAAGUGACACAUGCAGGCAAAAACAAUCCUUUUCAUCUGAAGAUUCUGACCUUGAUAGGCAUCAUAGAAAUGACAAAAGAAGACACAAGAAUUCCUAUUCAUAUGAAGAUUCUGACCUUGAUAAGCAUCAUAGAAGUGACAAAAUCAGACACAAGAAUUCCCAUUCAUUUGAAGAUUCGGACCCUGGGAGGCAUCGCAGGAUUGGCAGUAGUAGACACAAGGGUUCAUAUUCAUCUGAAGAUGCUGACCUUGAGAAGCAUCAUAGAAGAAACAAGGGCUCUUAUUCAUCCAAGACUCGUAACCAGAGGCAUCAUAGAAGAAAUGAGAGCAGACACAAAGGUUCUUAUUCAUUUGAAGAUUCCGAUGCUGAGAGGCAUUGUAGAAGUGACAAGAGUAGACACAAACAUGUCUGUUCUCAUGAAGAUUCCAAUCCUGAGAGGCAUCAUAGAAGGGAGAAGAGUACUCAUCCACAUAGAUUUAAAGAUUCUGAUGAGAAGCAUCGUAGGAGUAAAUAUUGACAUCACCAUAAUCACCGUCAUCACCAUCAGUCCGAUCCUUCAUCAGAGUUUGAUUUCAAAAUUCGAUAUACUUAAUACUAGAAUGAGCAGGCUGGAUGAUAAGUUUUAUCAGAUUCCAUGCUAACAAUCUUAGCCGUGAAAAAAGGAGAAACUAAAGGAUUCAGCUGUCUCUUGGGUUGUUUAGUGUGAUCAGAGGAUGCUCAUUAUUAAAUUUACCCCCAAGAAGCUCUGUUCUUGUCUAAUAACAUUCUGGUCGUUGGGUAAAUUGGUUGUGUAACCCUCCCCCUUAUAUCAGCUUUCCAUCAUGUACUGCAUUGGAGCAAUCUUUACAUGGGACUGGAGCUUGAAUUUUCCGUUCAGAAGCUGAUAGCUUGUGCAAUGUGUAUUGACGUUCCUGGAAAAUUAAUUUAUGUUUUCAAGGGAUUCAUUCGAAUUUUAUGGAGCUUCGAAUUAUCAUCCCAUGCACUUGUGGAUCUUUGGCCUUUGCUAGAUCGUACUCAUGAAAUACAUAUAUAGCUAUGUUGAU